CUGCUUAGUUAGCAACAGGUGAAUGACAGUUGUGCGUAUGCACCUGCACAGGGAACAUGUCUUCUGGCACACAGCCCUCCCGGAAAGCACGGAUCCUCUCAGCAGUGCUCUAUGGAGUCUGCUCGUUCCUCGUCGUGCUGGUUAACAAGUCUGUACUCACCACAUACAGAUUUCCAUCUUCAACAUUUCUUGGGAUUGGACAGAUGGUGAUUACUAUAAUAAUAUUAUUUGUUGGAAAGCUGUACAACAUAAUCACUUUCCCAGAUUUUAACAAACAGAUCCCCAAAAAGAUAUUUCCAUUGCCCCUGCUCUAUAUUGGUAAUCAUUUAACUGGACUAUCAAGUACCCAGCUGCUAAGUUUGCCGAUGUUUACAGUCCUCCGUAAAUUUUCAAUUCCAUUAACUCUCAUUUUUGAAAUGAUUAUUCUCAGGACACGAUAUUCAUGGUCGAUUGUGGCUAGUGUGAUUGCAAUCAUACUUGGAGCACUGAUAGCAGCCAGUUUUGAUCUUUCUUUUAAUUUGGAAGCAUACAUCAUUGUGCUGCUGAAUGAUUUAUUUACAGCCUUAUAUGGGGUUUAUACGAAGGAGAAAAUUACAAAGGAACUAGGUAAAUACGGAGUCCUUUAUUACAAUGCAACUUUUAUGAUUAUUCCCACAUUAAUUUAUGCUUUAUGGACUGGUGACAUUGUGAAGGUUAUCCAUUUUAAAGAGUGGACAAAUAUUGCAUUUGCUUUUCAAUUCCUACUUUCCUGCAUGAUGGGGUUCUUACUUGUGUUUUCAAUUGUACAGUGCAGUUACUAUAACUCAGCUCUUGCAACAACAGUAAUUGGCGCCAUCAAGGACCAGCUCCAAUCAUCAGAAAGAAUUGGCGAGCACCCCUAACAGUAAAAUUACUGAUUCGCAUCAAUCCACUACCCCCUCCCCCCCAUACUAAGCCUGUAUACAACAAAUGCUUAUUGUGCAAUAAGUGGUAAGGAAGUUCUUUUCCCACCUUGACUGUCGCCCCUUACUGGUUUACUGUCUUUGUGCAUGAUAUAGUCAUGUAGCUGGUAGCCUGCGGCUUACCCCGCAGAGACAGAGGACAAGAGAGGUCCAAGUAUGACGGUAAUCUGAAGUACCUUCCCUGUGCAUGAGGCAAUCAUGCUGAUACAAGCUUGUGAC